AUGGCCACUUUCCACUGCUACUGCGCCCUAUGUUCCUGCUCCCUGGGCAGCUACGAACUAGGAUCGAGGAAACCCGGAGCGCUACGGCGUCGGCGUGCACGCGUUGCCAGGCGCAUAUACUGGCGAAGCAAGGAGGACGGCCAGUACUACGAGACCGACGAUGAGGAAGAAGAGGAGAAAGAGGAGCGGUUGCGGAGUAUGCCAGCAGCAGAUUUAGGGAUACCCGAAGACGACGAGGAUAGCGAGAGCGAACGAGCGUCGUAUGACCCUGAGCUGCUGGGCGAGGCCAGCCUUGAAUGGCUUCAUGUUGCUGGAGGACUUGGACUUAUGAUGCUGGCUCUGGCGAUUCUGAUGCUCCGAGAUCUGGACUAUGAUGACUGUAAUGUGGCCACCAUCUCUAAUGUUGACGGCCUGGACAUACCGGACAACUCCCCGGCCUACUGUUAUUACGGCCCAAAUGACGCCCCCCGCGUGGUCCCCUUCCAUUGGUCUUGUUUCCAACUCUUAUGCCGAAUCAUACUCGGACAUCCAGACCACGAAGGCCUCGACAAGAAGGCUCUCUACGACGAAAUAUCUCAGCACAAGGGGUACGACUGCCUCGAUCUUCCGUACGGCGAUAUCACAGGCAAUGACCAGGAUUGGCAGUCCAUUCCAGGCGAAGAGUACUCUGUAACAAGCCCAUCAAGUGCUUCUGCUCUCGAUCGCCAGGAAGUCGAAAAGUUCUGCAACGCCACAGAGAAUCGGGCUAAAAGCAGCUUCGAUCUUAGCAGCAAAGUGCAAAACGACCCAUUCAAGCUCCUGCCCCAGGAGAUCAGCGAUAUGAUUCUGGAUUACCUCCCAGGGGAGUCCCUUAUGGCCCUUCUGAAUGCCUCAUGGACUAUUCAUGCGCGCACGCGGUAUCCGGGGUUCUGGAAACGCCGCCUCUAUCGCGAGAUGCGCUGGAUCUGGGAGCUGCGAGAGUUUCUGGGGUGGUGCGAGGAGUCUAAGAUCGACUAUAAAGGGCUCUAUAUCUAUCUGGACGAGGUGACGAGACCGAGAUAUGGUAUGAGGACGUGGUUGGCUCUUGCGAAUCGGCGGAGAAUAUGGGGUGCUUGUGAAGUCCUGGCUGAGAGGUAUCAUCGAGUGAAGCAGGGAAAUAUAGCGGAUCGAGUUGAUUGA